GUUUAGCUUGGACUUAGAGACGGAAUUGGUAUUAGACGGAAUUGUGUUGACAGAGUGCAAUGGUCAGGGACGAUAAAAUCAAUCGGUUUUGUUUACUUUUUCCGCACUCAACAUAUAAAAAUCGUAGCCUGUAAGAAACUGUGAAUAACGACGCCUGGCCAUGGCUGCCCACUCUUCUGUUUCUGGUUCUUUGUUGCAGUUUGUAGGUAUCCAGGGUCUACUUGUGUUUAUUGUGGUAUUUUUGCUGUUAGCUGAUUAUGUCAAGAGUCGUCGACCAAGCAGAUUCCCUCCAGGACCAAUACCCUAUCCUUUUGUGGGGAACAUGUUUUCCCUUGAUUUCAAAAAAGCCCAUGAAAAUAUCACACAGCUAUCUGAGAAGUAUGGGGAUGUAUACAGUCUAAGAAUGGGAAGCACGUGGACAGUGGUGUUAAACGGGUUCAAGAUCAUCAAGGAAGCGUUGGUGACCCAGGGAGAGAGCGUGUCUGACAGACCUACGACUGCUCUUAACCAUGAGAUGUCAAAUGACCUGGGUGUCGUUAGCACCAAUGGACAUCUAUGGAAACAGCAGAGGAGAUUUGCUCUCUACACCCUGAAGUACUUUGGAGUGGGCAAGAAGUCAUUAGAGUCUGCUAUCUUGGAUGAGUUUGCACAUUUGUCCCAGGACAUAACUGAUUACAAUGGCAAACCCUUUGAACCACACCUGACCCUCAACAAUGCUGUCUCUAAUAUCAUCUGCACCCUGGUCUUUGGGCACCGCUUUCAGUAUAGCGAUAGGGGCUUUCAGAACCUGAUGGUGAUGUUCGACAGUGCUCUUCAACUUGAAGCUUCCAUAUGGGUAGAGCUGUAUGACGCGUUUCCUGUGGUGAUGAGGCAUCUGCCAGGACCCCACCAGAGAGUGUUGAAGAUUUGGAGUGAGGUGAAGGACUUCCUGAGGUCGGAGGUCAAGGAGCACAGGAAGGACUGGGAUCCCUCUGAACCCAGGGACUACAUAGACUCCUAUCUGACCGAAAUAGAAAAGUCUAAAGGGGACGUGGCCGCCAGGUUUGACGAGGAGAACCUGAUCAUGUGUUCUUUGGACCUGUUUGUUGCCGGGUCUGAGACCACGUCCACCACCCUUCGCUGGAGCUUCCUCUUCAUGACCAAGUACCCAGAGAUUCAAGAGAAAGUCCAAGCUGAGCUGGAUCAGGUGAUAGGCCGAUCUCGCCCACCCAGCAUGGCCGACCGGGCUAACUUGCCCUACACUGAAGCUGUUCUCCAUGAGGUCCAGAGGAUGGGGAACAUCGUGCCUCUUAGUCUUCCUCAUAUCACCAACAAGGACAUUCAGCUUGGAGAUUAUCUGGUUCCAAAGGGUACUACUAUUAUUCCCAAUCUGACAUCGGUGAUGUUUGACAAAAAUGAGUGGGAGACACCCUUGACCUUUAACCCUGGACACUUCCUCGACAAGGAUGGCAAAUUUGCGAAGCGAACCGCAUUCAUCCCUUUCUCUGCUGGGAAACGAGCGUGCCUUGGUGAAAACCUGGCCAAAAUGGAGCUCUUCCUAUUCUUUACCUCCUUCAUGCAGAAGUUUGCCAUCUCCAUGCCCCCUGGGGUGAAGCCUGUGUUGGAUUAUCGCUAUGGUGUCACCUUGGCACCACUCAACUAUGAGAUCUGUGCCACCUUGCGUGAUGUGUAAUACAGUUUGAGGAGAGGAAUGCCUCACAAUUAACACCACUGUAUUUACAUCUUCUGUGUCCUGUUCUAUGUUUCUUUUGAAAGAUAGUAUUAUAUAUAGUAACCUUAUUAAUCUUGGAGGGAUAAUAAAUUAUUAAAUAAUCACCAAUAAACCAGGGAUCCUCCAGGAUCACAAUGACUCUUAUUGAGAGACUUGUUGCUCUUGUUAGUUAGCUGGUUUUAAAUUAUUGUACUCGAUGUGA